AUGAAUUAAAAUUACCUUAGCCUUAACAAUAGAAAAUAUUAAUCUAUAAAUACAGACUAAAGAAUUUAACUUCUAGUAGAUAUUUUAGUGGAAGGAAUAUCGAUAAAAUAAGCUGCAAAGAAGAAUAAUAUUAAAUUCUCUUCAGCAAAGGUGAUUUUAAAGCUUUUUAAGCAUGAGGGACGUAUAGGAAAACUUAAAGAAAACUAAUUAUCAUAAGUAGAAGUAUCUUAAUAAAUACAACAAAAAAGUUAAAUACUAGAUGAAAAUACUCAAUAAUGCAAUAAUCUUUUGAAACAGAUAGAAGAUUGUAAAGCUAGAAACAAUUAAUUGCAGUAGACGCUGACAAUUUAUAAAUAAAUUAACAAUUAAUUUAAUUUAGAAUGA